GCUUCCAAUUAAUUUCCAGUGUUGUUUUAAUCAGGGUGAACAAAAGACUCUUUGUCCCAGUCCCCCAGCAGCCUGGGAGCAGGGAAGGGAAAGAGCAGCGAUCUUUAAGAAUGCUGCUGAGCAAGGACAGCCAGCUUAGGGGAAGAAUCCUCUCUUGUCCAACCAGUGACCAGCAGGUUGCUCCGUUUUUAGACUGUUUGCUGUUCCUCUCCCCCACUCAGGAGAAGGCUGGGUUACUCCCAGGAAUGUGCCUGACCCAACACAAAUAGCAGCUGGUGGGAAUCUUGGGAAUGCUGUGUUUCCCCAGGAUUAUUUCCUCUGCUGACCCCUGACUGCCUUAUGACCACAGGCUCUGUGUGCUGCCCAUUCCCAGGGGGAAGUGAUUAAUCCACUUUCUCUUUAGUGCUGGAGCAUCUGGAUGCUUCCUGCAGGGUGCUGGUGACAUUGCCACCGAGUCACACCUGGAUUUAAGCCCAGGCCAGGCUUAGUUUUGUCCGGCGAGAUUUGAAACAAGAUUUUUUUAAACCUCCACUGCACGGAGCCAAAAACCAACUCCCACUGGAGUAUCUGUAAACUGGAGCCUCCAGAAAUACCACAGAACACUUCCCCCAGCCUCGGAAGCGCUCAGAGACAUGGAUUUGAUCUUUGCUCUGUGUUGUGCAAGAGCUUGGCAUAGAAGCCGAGUUCCUGGGGCAUCACCUGUCUGGCUCAGCAGAGCUGGGAUAACUCACUGGGACAGUGUUUUCCUCCUGCUGUAGCCCAUUGCCCAGCUUAAUGGAGUCAUUCUGUCCUCUCUGGGCCACCAGGCAGAAGUGCCACCCCCAGCCUUUCAUCCCACCCCUUAUCUGGGAGUUCUGGGGCCAGGCAGAGUGCACUGGAUGAGAUAGCAAGUGCUUCCCGAAUCCAAACUGCAUUUGCCAGGAGGCAGAAAUUCCUGUCGCUCCCCUUCAAACCUUACUGUGCACUCGGGAGCACAUUGCCAAUGUUUGUAAAAUUUACCUGCUAGUUUCACAGAAUCACUAGGUUGGAAGAGACCUUCAUGGAGUCCAACCUGUUCCCUGACACCUCAACUAAACCACAGCACCGAGUGCCACAUCCAGUCUUUUUUUAAACACGUCCGUGGAUGGUGACUCCACCACCUCCCCGGGCAGACCAUUCCAGUACUUUAUCACUCUUUCUGAAGGCUGGAUGCGCCUGAAGGGUGUGGAGAGGUCUAACGUGAUGGCAGAGCAGAAACCUGAACAAAAAGGGGAGGAGGCAACAACAGUGGAAGCAAAAAUAUUUCAGGAUUGGAAGCGUGCCAAGAGAACUGUUCGCAGGAAACAUUUCUGUUCCGGCAAGGUGUAGGAACUUUUUUCCUUCCCCCUCCAGUGAAUGCCCUUGCGCUGGCGCACGGUGGGGCCGGGGUCCCGCUCUGUCCCACCGCGGCUGGCAGUGGGAUGCACAAAGCCGCCGCAGUCUCUCUCUCCCGGGCGGUGCCGGGGCAGCGGCGCGGUGCCAGCCCGGGCCGGUUCCUGCGCUUACGUGCCGCGGGCGUGUCCCUUAAAUCCCGCACGGGAGCGGCGCGGGGCAGGCGAGCGCCGGCGGAGCCGAGCGGAGCGGUGUCGGCGGAGGAGAGAUGGCCUCGGUGGGUCCCUCCGCAGCCCCCACGCAGCCCGCCCUGCCCUCCGGAGCCGCCGUCUUCAAAACCAUCCCCUACGCCUUCAUCCUGCCGGAGAUCGUCUGCGGGACCUGGGUGUGGAUCCUCGUCGCUGCUACCUCCGUCUCCUUGCCGCUGCUGCAGGGAUGGGUGAUGUACGUGUCCCUCACCUCCUGCCUCAUCUCCCUGCUGCUCCUCUUAAGCUACCUCCUCGGCUUCCACAGGAACAGCGAGAACUGGAAAGUGCUGGACAGUUUGUACCACGGCGCCACGGCCAUUCUGUACAUGAGCGCCGCUGUGCUGCAGGCCAACGCCACCAUCAACUCUGAGUUCGGCGUCAACGCGCCGCUCAACUACCAACUCAACAGCGCUGCAUCGUUCUUCGCCUUCCUCACGACCUUCCUGUACAUCCUCCACGCUUUCAGCAUCUACUACCAGUGAUCCUGGCAGCACCAGAUUCACCUUUACGGGACAAGGGCUUUCCCAGUGUGAGAGACCCUGCUGUCCUCCCAAGGUGUCUCUGCCUCAGCCCUGUCACCGGGCAUCAGGAACAGCAAGUCCUUUUGCUGGCACACGUUGGUGUGCCUGUGGACAUUUCCUGCCUUGUCUGGGGGAGGGACUUGCAAGGGGAGGGACUGGGUGCAGGCCCCAAGCCUCCAAUACCAACAUUCUGCCAAAUAUUGACAACCAGAGGAAGAGAGAGGAAAAAAAAAU